UCUUCGUGUUCCUUCAGACAAAAACAAAAGGCUCAAACUUGCUUUCAUCUCGCCCCUGUUGCGCUUUCCUUUUCUUUCCUUUUUUUUUCUCGAUCUGUAAUUUCCAAAAAUCUAAAGGGAAAUAAAAAAUUGGGGAAAAAUGAGUAAAUUCUGGGCUUUUCUCUCCGGCGUUCAUGUCCUCGCCGGGCCAGCGUUGAUGUUGCUGUAUCCUCUAUAUGCGUCGGUGAUAGCAAUGGAGAGCCCAUCAAAAGAAGACGACGAGCAAUGGCUUGCUUAUUGGAUUUUGUAUUCACUCCUCACUCUCUCUGAACUUAUCCUCCAAUCCGCUUUAGAAUGGAUACCGAUAUGGUACACGAUGAAGUUAGUGUUGGUGGUCUGGUUGGUUAUGCCGCAAACAAGAGGAGCCUCUUUCAUAUACGAACGGUUCGUGAGGGGGCAGUUAAUGAAGUACGGAAUUAUACCAACCAAAGACCGUAAGACAAGGUAAAAUUUUUACCAACACGGUAAAAAAAAUCUUUAUAACGCUAUUUUUUUCUUCUAUGUUCUGAAUUAUUAUAUACGAGUUGUUCUUGUGUUUCUCUUAAUUAAUAUGAACGUUUUUGUCAAUUGGACUACCGAAUAUAUACUAGGAGACUUUAUAUU